GUAGCCAGAGAAAUGGAGAUCUAGAUCAGAGCUGUAACUAGGCUACUUGGAUUUCUUAGCUAAAGGAACAAAUGUCAUUGCAGAAUGACAUCGACUCUGUCUAAAUUCAUUAUCAAGACCCUGUGCGACAACCAGGGGUGUUUGGAAUUCGGGAAAUUAGAAGAUCAGCUCGCACAGAAAUUCACGGUUGCGGAUUCGGUCCUGCGCACUGUGCUCUUUGACGAUGGUAAAAUAGCCAUUAAAGAAAGCAGAAAGACGGGAAGUAAAAUAAUCAGCCCGGAUAGUCUGGUAGUGGCUAAAACCAAUCUGCGGCUCUGUCAGAAAAAAGCUGGAGAGUGUCCGCAGUGCGAUGGGUUACACCUGUGCAAGUAUUUUGUUUGCGGAGAGUGCACCUUCGGAGGGAAGUGUAAGAAUCCACACAGUGUGGCAUUUCCAUACAAUGCAGAGCUUUUGAAGAAAUACAGUCUUCAUGAUUUCACAGAGAAACAGCUGUUCCAGCUGUUACUGCAGAAUGAUCCUUAUCUGCUUCCUGAGAUAUGCUCACAUUACAACAAGGGCAACGGUCAGCACGGCUCAUGUAAAUUCACCACCUCGUGCACAAAGCUCCAUGUCUGCCAGCAUUUUUUCCAGGGUGACUGCAAAUUUGGCUCUUCGUGCAAAAGAAAGCAUGGCCUCGAUGAACAUGCGAUGAAGCUCUUCCGAGGAUUCGGUCGUGAGAAUAUUGAAAACCUUCACAAGAUCUACAGAAAUAAAUGUAUCAUCAUGGGUCAACAGGAGAGGCAGGCUACUGGUGUCACUGUGCUAACAGAGGUAAGACCCCCAACUCAGCAGCCUUCCCAGCAGUCUUCCCACAGCAAUCCUGGAUCCCCAACCAGUUCUGCUUGUCCAUCUAAGCCACCGAGCAAUGCUGACAUGAAUGAAAUCUGCCUCUAUUUCAUUCGCAGACAUUGCGGGUUCAAAGACAAGUGUGCACGUGUCCAUUGGCAUCUACCCUACAGAUGGCAGGUUUUAGACACUGAUGGUGUAACCUGGAAGGACUUGCCCACUAUGGAGGAAAUUGAAAAGGCAUACUGUGACCCAGCAAAAGAGACAAGCUGCAUGGAUCAACCUUCGCCCAGCUUAGGGCUUUUCAGAUUUCUGUCUCUUCAAAGCUCUUCAUCCCCUGUUGAGCAGUCAGUGGACUUCAGGACCAUGAGAUAUGGAAACUCUCCAGUUCGUCGCCUGUCCACUGCCUCCUCUGUCUCGAAGCCCCCUCACUUCAUUCUCACAACACAGUGGGUCUGGUACUGGAAGGACGAUAGUGGGAAAUGGUUGGAAUAUGGAAAGGGUGAUGAGGAAUCAUCAGUGACUUCUGAAACCCUGGAGAAUGUAUACCUUGAAGACAGAGAUACAGAGAUUUCGUUCAGUGCUGGCAAACAGCAAUAUAUUCUUCAUUUCAAAGAUGCGACAGGAAACCAGGCGAUGUAUCAGCAGAAUACAAAAUUCAAAACCAAGCGAGACGUCAGGAGGAGACCUCGCUUUGUGUCUGCUCAUGACAAGGAGGACAAGCUGAAGAGUACGUCAUCAAAGAGCUCCAGCUCCUCCACAGCUGAAAGCAUACCAUCUCACUGGGACAAAAAUGCCAUACCCGAGUUUGGAUACAAGCUAAUACAUCUCUCCCAAUCUGCACCAGAUUACAAUCUGAUUGAGUCUUUAUUUAGACGCACAAUGCCGGUGAAAAAAAUUAACAGCAUCCAAAGGAUCCAGAACCCGUCUCUGUGGAGAGUCUUCCAGUGGCAGAAAGAGCAGAUGAAGGGGAGGAAUGGAGGAGACCCCUCAAUGAUGUAUUUGUUCCACGGGACUGAUGAGUCUCUGAUAGAGGCCAUCUGUGAGCAAAACUUUGACUGGAGGAUGUGUGGGGUCCAUGGCACAGCCUAUGGCAAAGGGAGCUACUUUGCCAGAGAUGCAUCUUACUCUGACAGAUAUGCCAGUGUCAGAGCAACUCCAAAGAAGAUUAUGUUUGUUGCCCUGGUCCUGGUAGGCGAAUACACCAAGGGGAGAAGCACGUACGUUCGCCCGCCGCUAAAAUCAAAUGGAAGAACUCUCUACGAUAGUUGCGUCGACUCUGAGAACAACCCGAGCAUUUACGUUGUCUUUGAAAAACAGCAGAUUUACCCAGAAUACAUUAUCAACUACUCAUAAGUCGCAAUUUGCCUUACCGUUUUCAGACUAGUGAAACUCUGUGGAUGGGAUGUUCUUUAGUUUCGUGGUGGAUUUGAAAGUUUAGAAAAAUGAUUAAAAUAAUUUAAUAGUUAACACAGAUAAUGACAAAAUGUUUAAAAAACGCAAUUAAUGAACACUCCACAGGUUUUCAUUUUACAUUUUGAUUAUUCAGAGCUCAUAUGUAUAAACAGCCUUUAAUUUUAAAUGUACCUUCUUAUUCCUGUGACAUGUUCAGUGACAGUGACUUCUCAUGUCCGUUUUAAAUGCAGCGUCAUGCAAGUUUUUUCAAUUCUGUUACCGUUUGUGCUAGAGACAAAAUUCAACCAGUUUCUGAAAGAGAAGACCAGGUUUAUAAAUACUUGGUGUGUCUCAGAAGCACAAAGCACUCACAAAGUACUGUCGUCUGACCACAGAGAGAAAAUCAGCUUUGCCUAUAUUUAACAUGUGCACUUUACAUUACUGCAAUUCCUCAACUAUUUUGGGCUAAAGAAAAUUCAAAUCGUUCCUAAAAGAUGAGUUAUUUAGUAAUUUUACAGCAAAUGUUCCCAAAAAAAGCCCAGGCUGCCUGCAAGAUACUUUCUCAUUGCAGUUCAAUAAGUCGCAGUCAUCGGCCUUGUGAAAUUGUGGUGAUUUCUCCAAAUCUUCUAAUUUUUUUUAAUCUUAAUGUGUCAGAAGUUGAGAGUGAGAAAGGUUACUAUAAAACUAACAAACUAUUUGAUUAUAGUAUGCAGUAUUUUCAGUAUUGUAAUAUUAUCUUGAUAAAGGACUUGGAGUUGAACUUGAAAUCAUUGUAAUGGUUUUUCUUGAAAUGUAUCAGAAAAUCCUUAUUUUGCACUUGAAACUGUACGCAUUUCCUUUUCCUCAAAUCUCUGCUUUCAUGCUUGAAGUAUAUCCUUAGGCAGAAACGCUUAGCAAAGUACCUCAGUGCAAGCCUUAGCAAGGACAACAGAUGAUCUGGUGUUAAGAUAUGGAACAAAAUUGGAUUGUUUGUUUUGUUGCAAAAUAAACACAUUGCA